AUGAAGCUUGUGAUCGGUGGCUCGACGGGCUUUGUCGCCACAGAGCUAAUCCGCCAGGGUCUCGAGAACCCUGCUAUAACCUCUAUCGUCGCCCUCGGCCGGCGUGAGACUCCCGCACUUCUAGCGACCCCAAAGCUGAAGGUUGUCGUCUGCGACAACUUUGAGAGCUAUCCAGACAGCGUUAAAAAGGAGCUGGAGAAUGCGGAUGCCUGUAUCUGUUUGUGGCCCGGUGUCGAUGGGAUCAAUCAGCCCAGCUGUUUGAACACACCGGAGAACCAUAUCAUUGACUCCAAAAAUAGGACCAUUGCCGUGACGCCGAUGAAGCUCAAGACCACCCCGUUUGAGGAGACGUGUAAGAUUUCCCGCGACUACGCUACGUCGGCCAUCCAAGCACUCGAUGCCCUCCGCCACAAGCAAGCUAGACCUCUGCGCUUUCUCUACAUGAGCGGCCAUUUUGCCCCCCGCAGCCCGGCUGAGGUACCGAAAGAAUUGCAAGACCACGGCCUCAUUAACUACGGCCUAUUACGGGGUGAGGCUGAAACACUAAUCCUCACUUAUGGGGAGAAGUCUAAAGGCGCCGUCCAGUCCUGUGUCGUCAAGCCCGGGCUCAUCGACGCUCCUGAGAGGGAGAGGCGGGAAAUCCCCGGCCUCCCACACAUCGACUUGGCUGGAAUUGCCGCAGCUCUGUUAGACCAGGUAAUAAAUGGAUUCGAAAAGAACACACUGAGCAAUGAUGACCUGGUUCGCAUUGGACAGAUGGCUUUGGCUGAGCAGGAUGACGCCUGA